UUACCUUCUUGAAAUAAAUUACAUUUGAUAUCACGUACCCGAAAUAUUCAAUAUUUAACUUAAUUAACGUGCAUUUUACAAGUGGUAUUGUUCUUUUCAUACACUUUAUGUACAAAUCAAUAUAGCUACAAAGUUGAAUACAAGACUAAACAAGUUCGUGCUCGUUUCAACGCUUGUUUAAACGAACAUAAUUUCGUUCUCAUUCAGUCCUGACGUGUUAAACAAAGGGCUAGCGACAAUAUGUCGGGCGAAAGCGAAAUUGUCAGUGAAUCUGUUCCCUCGGAGGAUUUAGUGUCGGGUAAUGGAAAUGAUGAAUCAUUAAAACAAGUUGUUACUGAUAUAGUAGAAAGUAUAUUGACAGAAAAACUUGCGGACUUUAAGAAAGAAAUAAAUGAUAGUGUACAGGCAACAAUAAAUGACUCACUGUCAUUUCGCGCUCAGGAUGCGUCAGCGAGACAAGAAAGCAUAUUAUACUCACGUGAGGAAAACGUACAUCCAAAGACAGAUGUUGCAAGGGCUGCUACAAAGGAGGACCUGUCAUACUGGAAGCAUAGGGCAGAAGAUGAAUUGAAAAGCGCAAAAGGGACAAAGCUGAAAAACUUGAAUGGUGCGCAUACAGUAAUCUGCAUUGACACAUCUGCCAGUAUGAAAGGAAAGGAAGCAUGGGAACAAGCAAAGGCAUUUUUCACAGAUUACAUGACCGGAAUAAAAGAAGAAUAUCUACAAAAACGCAAACACAGUAACACGGCUCUAGUAACAUUCGGAAAGAAAACGAAAGUACAACAGCGUUUAACUAAGGAUGUUAAAGUGCUUGCACAGAAAAUAG